CGGUCGUAGUAGAAUACAAUACAGGUUUUUGUUGCAAAAACAGAGAGGAAACGAAAUCCAUGGCGGAUAGUGAUAGUGCUUGCUCUAAGAGAUGGCUUCCUCUUGAAGCUAACCCUGAUGUCAUGAAUCAGUUUCUGUGGGGUCUUGGUGUUCCACCGGACGAGGCAGAGUGUUGUGAUGUUUAUGGGUUAGAUGAAGAACUUCUGGAGAUGGUGCCGAAGCCCGUGUUUGCUGUUUUAUUUCUCUAUCCUCUCACACCACAGAGUGAAGAAGAGAGAAUACAAGAAAACAGCAAAACAAAGGUGCAGGAUCCCAGUAGUACAGUUUACUUCAUGAAACAAACAGUGGGAAAUGCAUGUGGAACAAUUGGCCUUCUUCACGCUAUUGGGAAUAUCACCUCUCAGAUAAAACUUACCGAGGAGUCAUUCUUGGAUAGGUUCUUUAAAUCAACUGCUAGCAUGGAUCCAAUGCAGCGUGCUUUGUUCCUUGAAAACGAUAGAGAAAUGGAAGUUGCUCAUUCAGUGGCAGCUACUGCUGGUGAAACUGAGGCGUCAGAGGAUGUGAACACUCAUUUCAUCUGCUUCACGUGUGCUGAUGGACAACUCUACGAGCUUGAUGGAAGGAGGUCGGCACCUAUUUCACAUGGUGCAUCCUCUCCAAACAACUUAUUGAAGGAUUCAGCUAAAGUUAUCCAAAAGAUGAUCGAGAAAAAUCCAGACUCAAUCAACUUCAACGUUAUUGCCAUUUCAAAAAGAAUUUGAACAGAACAGAGAGCUUUAUGGCUGAAAUUUUAGCUUUGGGAGUGUAGUGUAUAAGAGCUAAAUACGUAUUUAUUUCUCACCCUUGACAACACCUUUUUCUGCUUUCUUCGUACCAUGUUUCUUGCUUUUCUUGUUGGUGAUGCAUAUAUCUGCAAUCAGAUUACUUCCGAGAAACAAGUAUGGCGUAUAACUCCGCUGCAUGUUUGCAGUAAUUUCGCUGCUGGCCAACAAUUUUUCUGCUA